ACUUAUCUAGGUUUAGCUUUCUAAUUGUCUUUUAAUUUAAUUUUCUACUAUUUUUUUGAUGAAUGACCAGAUUGAAAUAAAGAACUAAAUAUAUAAACUGCAUAUAUGUUUUUCAACACUUCGAGGGUUUCGUAACAGAACGGUGGAUUUUUAUCGUCUCACCUGGUCGGGGGAUCGAAUCUCCGAAUUCAAAGAAUCCUGUAAUUUAUCAAAUCGGCCAUCUUUCAUCUCAUCCUGAAAGUUUUGUUAUUGUUAAGGAAUGCAGUAGGAGAUAUUUGGCAUGAUGGGUCAUAUGGGAGCAGUUGUGCCCUCAACUGCAUCAAUAUAUGUAUGCAACCUGCCUCCUGGAACUGAUGAAACAUUACUUGCAGAACAUUUUGGAACUAUUGGUUUGUUGAAGAAAGAUAAAAGAACAGGUCGUCCAAAGAUAUGGAUAUACAAAGACAAAAUUUCACAGGAGCCCAAGGGAGAUGCAACAGUUACUUAUGAAGAUCCGCAUGCUGCAGCUGCUGCAGUUGAAUGGUUUAAUAACACAGAUUUUCAUGGGAGGAUUAUUGGUGUUUUCAUUGCAGAGAGUAAAAAUAAAGAACCCGCAGAUCAACCGCUAAAGUUAGAUGUGCCACAUAUGACUAAUGCUGAGGAGCCACAAACAGAAGACAGUCUUGGUGGAUUAGGGGAUGAUACUAAUGAUGCCUGGGGUGGAGGAGGAAGAGGAAGAGGUCGGGGAGAAACUGCUGGAAAAGCAUGGCAACAAGAAGGAGACUGGCUUUGUCCAAAUACAAGCUGUGGCAAUGUGAAUUUUGCAUUUCGUGGAGUUUGUAACCGUUGUGGAACUGCACGUCCUGCUGGUAGCUCCGGUGCUGGUGGAAUGGGUGGUGGAAGGGGCAGAGGUCGAGGUAACAGCGAGUCAGGCAGGGGACGGGGAGUAGGUGGUCCUCCGGGACUUUUUGGUCCUAAUGAUUGGCCAUGCCCAAUGUGUGGUAAUGUCAACUGGGCUAAGAGAACUAAGUGCAAUGUUUGCAAUACUUCUAAACCUGGCCACAAUGAAGGUGGAGUAAGGGGAGGACGGGCUGGUGGUUACAAAGAACUUGAUGAAGCAGAGAUUGAAGAGACGAGGCGGAGGAGACGAGAGGCUGAAGAGGAUGAUGGGGAGAUGUAUGAUGAGUUUGGUAAUUUGAAGAAGAAGUUUCGUGCAAAAAUGCAGCAGAAUGAAACCAAUCAGACUGUGCCAGGUGUAGGAAAGGCAGGCUGGGAUGAUGCAGAUUUGGGUGUGGUGGAGGGAAGAGAGAAAAACAGGGACAGAGGAAGAGAUUAUCAUGAUAGGGACCGAGGCAGGAGCAGGGAUGGAGAUGGAUAUAAUGGCCAUAGAUAUUCUGGUGAAGGGAGUGACAGCUAUUAUGUAAAAGAUGGUUCUCAAGAUAAGAAAGAUAGUAGAUAUGAUUAUGAAAGAGGCAGAAGUGCAGAUAGGGAUCAUUAUGGUCACCGUGAAAGAGAACGGAGUAGAGAUAGAGACAGGGAACGCGAUAGGGAGAAAUCAAGGGGGAAGGAUCGUGACCGUGACCGAGACAGGAGUCGUGAUUAUGACCGUUCCAGAGAGAGGGACUAUGAUUAUGAUCGUGACAGAGACAAAGAUUACUCAAGGGAAAGAGAUCGCAAAUCAGAGAGGUCCUACUAGAUUUUUCAGGCUUUUUGGUCUAGUCCCUUGAGUUUAACUUUUGCAAGUAUUGAUGGCUCCUGAUAUUGUUUCUAUAGUUUUCCACCUAUAGUGUGCUCAACCAAAAGUUAUAACUUAUUUUUAUCUCUUGAAAAUAAUGUUCCAGUUUACUAUAUGCAUCACUCAUCUGGAGAAAAGCAUUUUCUUUCAGGGAUCAGUUUGUUCACUGGGGGGGGGGGGUGCAAUAUUUUCAAGCUUUAUUAUAGGUAAUGUUCAGUUUGAUGCUUGCAUGAGUCUCAUGAGUUUUGUCUGUCAAAAAUCUUUCAUGUUUGCUUGCGGGUUUGCAAAAUGUAUGAACAAUUUGUUGAAACGAUAUCUGAAAUCAUGGAAUCCUUCAGGAACUUUCUCCAAUCUUGAAUCUGUCUAUUGCAUAAUAAUUAUCUUCUAUCUUGUUGUCAUA